UAAUAAUAGUAGUGGUUUUUGUCGUUAUGCUUUAUCAGUCAGUACGUGUGUAUGACAGGAAGUGCAAAUUUUUGAUAAUUCUUUAAACAUAAAAUGAUAUAAUUUAACCUACUUAAAGGCUACAUUUAAUCUUGUUAAGUUCAAACCACCUACACAAUGAAUGGCUAACUCACCAGAUACUGUAUUGCGGUUUAAGCAUUCGUUUCUAUGCUCUCAAGUCAAAAUGGAGUCUUUACACUUGCUGACACUACAGUUGAUUAUCUAUGCAUGUACAAUAUACGGUGGACCUAUUAAAGAUGACCAAGAACUAAAACCAUGUCCAAAAAUCAAACCUUUCAAUAAAGUUAACAUCGAUCAGUUACUGGGAAAAUGGUUUUUGGCUAUUAUGGUAAUAGAAUCAGAACAUGAAGAAUUUGUUGAAGAUGGUGUUUGCAUUCAUGGAGAACUUUUGAGAUAUAAUAAAACCACAUUGAGACAAGUAUGGAAUAUUGAUAACCCAUUAUUAAUUGAUGACCACAGUGCUGUGAUCGAACUGCCAACAAUAGAAAACGAAGUAGGAAUUUGGUCAAUACAAAGUCCACUAGGAGGAGACAUAACAGCAACUAUUAUUGAUGCAGACCCUGAUACACAUUUAAUAUUGGCGUUUUGUGGUAAAAGAGGAUCAGACUCAUUACACAUGUGGACUGUAGUUGUAACGCGUCAAAAUGGAAUUUCAGCACCAGAAACCUUAAGAUUAUCAGCCAUUUUGGUCAAACAUGGUUAUAAUCCAAUGGCAAGUAAAAUUAUAAGUUGGAAAAAUUGUCCGAUUUACACAAUGAUACCUUAAAUGUAACAGAUAUUUUAUGUUGUUUAAAAUAAUUAACCAAUAGAGAAAUAAACAAAAAUACAGAAUUA